GAUCUGUGAUGUAGAACUUUAUCUACAGUACAUUAUUAAUGAUACAGAUCAUUAUCCUGCAGUCAUGUGAAGUCGUAAAGCAUGUUAAAGUGAACAAAUGUGAAACGAAAUCACGAUGGAAACAGAUUUACUGCACAUAAUAUUAAAUGUGCUCCUGAUGUGUACUGGUCUUCUGCGUUUUUAAAUGAUUUCCUAAUCAGUCGCUCGUUAGCAGUUACUGUUUACAUUCAUAGGAAACGAUGCGACACUUAACAGUGUUCAUUUGUCACUUUAGUGAAAAUGAUGAUCAUUUGUGUUUUAAACUUUAUCUUUAGCCUCGAAUUAAAACCUAAUCGAUUUGCGAACGGCAUGAGCGUUAGCAUUUAACAGAAAAUUAGCCACUUUGCUAGCCAGAAAACUGAGGAAGUUAAAAAGCACAGUGUCAUUCGGAUAGAAGAAUUGUAUUUUUACCCAAUAUGGACUUGAUAGUGUCUAAAGCGCUCCUCAUUGGUGUGCUGCUUCACUAUAAAUACUUGGUUGUGAGGAUGGAUAUAAAAGCCGGUGCUUCGUUUUAGUCAGAAAAGCUUUUUAUCAGACUCUCCCCUGGUGGUAUGAUAUUUGUCAUUUUAUACCCAUAUGGAGCGUUCCUGCAUUAUACUGUUUACUUACUAGAUAUUAUUUACUCAUCUUUUAUUUCUGUCCCAAAGGUUUUUACCAAAAUGAAGAUUUUGAUUGCGUUUGUCCUUGUUACGCUGGCUUUCAGUGGAUGUGACGCAACAUCACCUGUAAGAAAAUGCAACAGUGGUUGGACAGGAUUUGGGAGAAAGUGCUAUAAAUAUGUAGCCGAGGCAAAACCAUGGGCAGAAGCCGAGCAACACUGUCAGGUCUUUGGAGGAAACCUUGCGUCUGUGCACAGUAACCAAACGCACUUUUUUCUUAAGAGAAUGGGGAAAAUCUCUGGCAGCUACAAACGCACCUGGAUCGGAGCUCAGGAUGCAACUCAGAACUCCCUCUGGCUGUGGAGCGACGGCUCGGUGUUCGAUUUCAGCGCCUGGCAUUCAGGAGAGCCGAAUCAUUCAGGAGGAGAACACUGCGUGGAAAUGAACUACGGAGAUGAGGUCCUGUGGAACGACGCCCGGUGCACCACCAACCUUUACUUUGUGUGUCAAAAAGUAGAAAACAUCAAGAACUGCUUGUAAACACCAAUAACUGCUCAUAACCGCUCACAAUCGCUCAUAACCGCUCAUAACCGCUAAUAACCGCUCACAAUCGCUCAUAACCGCUAAUAACCGCUCACAAUCGCUCAUAACCGCUCAUAACCGCUCACAACCGCUCAUAACCGCUCAUAACCGCUAAUAACCGCUAAUAACCGCUCACAAUUGCUCAUAACCGCUAAUAACCGCUCAUAACCGCUAAUAACCGCUCACUAUCGCUCAUAACCGCUAAUAACCGCUCAUAACCGCUCACAAUCGCUCAUAACCGCUAAUAACCGCUCAUAACCGCUAAUAACCGCUCACAAUCGCUCAUAACCGCUCAUAACACACAUUAUUUCUUCUUAUUGUCAGUCCCAACCAAUGAAAACAUUGCUUUAUCACAAUAAAGAUGAAUUAUGAAGCUUGAUGCACUUGUGGA